ACUUCAAUCAAGCAAUCACAGUUAUGGCGAUCUUAAGGAGCAUUAACAACCAGGAAAAGAAACACAACCGAGAAUUUUCAGUUUUAGUUCGAAUUUUUAUGUCUUGAUUUUUAGUAUCCGGUUUGGUUUUGUUAUUACAAACGUGUGUAAAAAAGAACAGCUUCGAAGAAACCUGAAAGACACACACACACAAUUGACAAUCUCAAUACUCAUUGAACAACGGCUAUUUCUAAUAGACCGAGAAACAUAGAUAGAGCUGAUGACUCUUCAUCAUCUAUCCUCGCAUCUCAAUGGAUUACAUUUGAUUUAUCCACAAAGUCCGAGACUUUCAUCAAUAUCUCCACUCUCUGUGUCGCUCCCUUCGAUUCCUCAUCGAACCCAGUUCCAAAGUUUGGUUCUUUGUGCAAGGAGGAGGAAGAAAAGAGGCGGGCACGGGAGAAUUGCGAGGCUUAUGUUCAAGUCUCUGUCUUUACUGUCUACUAAUCUCCAGAUUCUACCGCAGCCGUUGGAUCUUGUCAUUGCUGAUUUAGGCGGAGGAGGAGGAGGAGGUGGUGGGAGAGGGCUUUGGAGAGGAUGGGGGAGAUUCGAUGGGUGGAGAAGGAAACGGAACAGAGUACCAAUUUUGAUUCUCGUUUGUCUAGUUAUGUGGAUUUAUGGUUACUGCAAAGUCUCUGGGAAGGUGAUAAAGAGCGAUGAGAUUCUCAAGGUUUUAGGAGUUUGCGUGCUUGGUAUCAGUUUGGUGAAAGAGCUCAAGAGAGAAGCUAGAUCUUUGCUCUUUGUGUUCCUCUGUUUGGUUGCUUCACUGGUUUUUGGAUUCAAGAAAGAGAGUUUAGUGAAGUUAGCUUCUCAAGUCAGGUCUUGUUCUUCUUCUCUUCUUCUUAGUAAGAGGAGAUCUCGUAGAAGAGUUUAAGCUAAAGGUCUAAUUUUUUACUGCAUUUAGAUUUGAUGAAUGCUUUCAGUUAUUAUGUUACCAUUGAACGAGAGGAGAAGAAUGAGAAAGCGCACUUCAAAACAAUGGUUGAGCACUUGAGCUAAAGUGUUCACCCAGUACUUGUUCCAUAGUGAUAGUGACUAUGAAGAGAUGAUUUGAAAAAUGUUUUUUAUAUCCAA